AUGAAAGUUUCCGAUAGGCGUAAGUUUGAAAAAGCAAACUUUGACGAGUUUGAGUCGGCUCUAAAUAACAAAAACGACUUGGUACAUUGUCCCUCAAUAACUUUAUUUGAAUCGAUCCCCACGGAAGUGCGGUCAUUCUACGAAGACGAAAAGUCUGGUCUAAUCAAAGUGGUAAAAUUCAGAACUGGUGCAAUGGAUAGGAAAAGGUCUUUUGAAAAAAUUGUCGUUUCCGUCAUGGUCGGGAAAAAUGUACAAAAGUUCCUGACGUUUGUUGAAGACGAACCAGAUUUCCAGGGCGGACCAAUCCCUUCAAAGUAUCUUAUUCCCAAGAAAAUCAACUUGAUGGUCUACACGUUGUUUCAAGUGCAUACUUUGAAAUUCAAUAGAAAGGAUUACGAUACCCUUUCUCUUUUUUACCUCAACAGAGGAUACUAUAAUGAGUUGAGUUUCCGUGUCCUGGAACGUUGUUACGAAAUAGCGAGUGCCAGGCCGAACGACAGCUCUACGAUGCGUACUUUCACUGACUUUGUUUCUGGCACACCUAUUGUAAGGAGUCUUCAGAAAAGCACCAUAAGGAAAUAUGGAUACAAUUUGGCACCCUACAUGUUCUUGUUACUACACGUAGAUGAGCUAUCGAUUUUUUCUGCAUACCAAGCAAGUUUACCUGGCGAAAAGAAAGUCGACACAGAGCGGCUGAAGCGUGAUCUAUGCCCACGUAAACCCACUGAGAUAAAGUACUUUUCACAGAUAUGUAACGAUAUGAUGAACAAAAAGGACCGAUUGGGUGAUGUUUUAGCUACAGCGCAACGUAUACGUCGACGAUACAACAAGAACGGUUCAUCGGAGCCUCGACUAAAGACGCUUGACGGACUCACUUCCGAGCGCUGGAUUCAAUGGUUAGGCCUUGAAAGCGACUACCAUUGUUCAUUCUCUAGUACUCGGAAUGCGGAAGACGUAGUGGCAGGUGAGGCGGCGAGUUCAGAUCAUGAUCAAAAAAUUUCAAGAGUAACGCGAAAAAGGCCCCGAGAGCCCAAGAGUACAAACGAUAUCCUCGUCGCAGGCCGGAAACUCUUUGGCAGCUCCUUUGAAUUCAGGGACUUGCAUCAGUUGCGCUUAUGUCAUGAAAUAUACAUGGCAGACACACCCUCUGUGGCAGUACAGGCCCCACCGGGCUAUGGUAAGACGGAGUUAUUUCAUCUCCCCUUGAUAGCACUGGCAUCUAAGGGCGACGUGAAAUAUGUGUCGUUUCUGUUUGUACCGUACACAGUGUUGCUUGCUAAUUGCAUGAUCAGGUUGGGCCGACGCGGUUGCUUGAAUGUGGCCCCUGUAAGAAACUUUAUUGAAGAAGGUUGCGAUGGCGUUACUGAUUUAUACGUGGGGAUCUACGAUGAUCUUGCUAGCACUAAUUUCACAGACAGGAUAGCUGCGUGGGAGAAUAUUGUUGAGUGCACCUUUAGGACCAACAACGUAAAAUUGGGUUACCUCAUUGUAGAUGAGUUUCACAACUUUGAAACGGAGGUCUACCGGCAGUCGCAAUUUGGGGGCAUAACUAACCUUGAUUUUGACGCUUUUGAGAAAGCAAUCUUUUUGAGCGGCACAGCCCCUGAGGCUGUUGCUGAUGCUGCGUUGCAGCGUAUUGGGCUUACGGGACUGGCCAAGAAGUCGAUGGACAUCAACGAGCUCAAACGGUCGGAAGAUCUCAGCAGAGGUCUAUCCAGCUAUCCAACACGGAUGUUUAAUCUAAUCAAGGAGAAAUCCGAGGUGCCUUUAGGGCAUGUUCAUAAAAUUUGGAAGAAAGUGGAAUCACAGCCCGAAGAAGCACUGAAGCUUCUUUUAGCCCUCUUUGAAAUUGAACCAGAGUCGAAGGCCAUUGUAGUUGCAAGCACAACCAACGAAGUGGAAGAAUUGGCCUGCUCUUGGAGAAAGUAUUUUAGGGUGGUAUGGAUACACGGGAAGCUUGGGUGCUGCAGAAAAGGUGUCUCGCACAAAGGAGUUUGUCACUGA